UUCGCUUGACUAUUCCAGCAAGAGGACCUUGCAAGCUAGUGCUAUGUUCUCAAAGGUGAUUUUGUUCUGCUUUUGCGCCUACGUGGUUUCUCAAGAUGCCGCGGAAUAUCCCCCGCAGCCAUACAGCUUCGCCUACGACAGCACCGACGAAUUUGGCACCCGACUGGCCCAAGAAGAGACCGGCGACGUGAACAACAAGGUUGGUUCAUACAGCUACACCGACGCCGCCGGCGUCUUCCGAACCGUGAAGUACGUCGCCGACGGCGAAGGCUUCCGCGCCACCAUCGAGACCAACGAGCCAGGCACCAAGAGCUCCAAUCCCGCUGACGCACCCGUUGUGUCAUCCGCUGUUGAGGGUCCGCAUCCUGUUGCCGUCAAGACCGCCCCAGCAGUCGUGAAGGCCGUUCGCCCAGCUGCUGCCGUUGUAGGUGUCCUCCGUCCUGCCUCAGUGGCGGUUCAAGCAGUACAAGCUGCGCCUCUGGUUGUCAAGGCCUUCCAGCCUUCCCCACUCACCGUGCAGGCGGUUCACGCUGCGCCCGUGGCUGUGCACGCUGUACCCUCCAGCCCCGUUGUUCAGGCCUUCCAGGCUGCUCCUGUUGCGUAUGCCGUGGGCCAUGCUCCAAUCGCCUAUACUCUUGGUCAGGCCAAAAAGGCAUGA